CGAUCAUGUUAAACAAAAUGAUCAUACUGAGUUGUAGUCGCUGUAUUGAGGCAGAAACUAAUGGUUGGCUGAGGCUUUGUUAGCUUAACGUCAAGGCUGAGCUAGUAUCCCUUGAUGGGCUACAGUGAGGGUGAGGAGGCGGAGGAGGAGGGGUGCUAUGGCUGCUCAGCGGAAUCCUCGCUUAAAAGUGCUUUACCGGCGAAAGCAAAACGUCCCGAGUCGGCAGCGAGCUCAUUUCCCCAAGAAUGGUUCGAAAGCGCCGCUGACGAGAGGACUCCCGCAGACCGCAGCCGUGUAAGUGGUAGCAUAUCUCGGCGCAGGAGGCUAAAGUAUAUUUAUUUACACAAGGCUGUGGAAUUGACUCCUCCCAGGAUGAGGAUUGGGAAUUGCGUCAAAGUGUGUCUUCGUAAUCUCACGGGAAGUGGGGAAGAAUGUCAAGAGCAACACUUGUCCCAAGUAGAGAAAACUGAGCUGAGCAGAAAGAUGUUCUCCGCUCUUCAGGCACGUUCACUGAGGGUCUCCAAAGUGAUGAAAGCCUUCCAGCAGGAUCACAGGUCAAUCAUCCAGCACAAGCCACCUAAAGACAAGAUCGGGCCAGUGUCUGCGUUCGCCAUAGGCGUGUUUGCUGUGACUCUGCUGGCCCCAGCUGGAUGGAUUUUGCACCAUAUCCCACACUACCGUCAGAGAACAUCUGCACAACACCGCAACUGUGGAGCUCCUUGCAAUUAGGACAAUUAAGUAUUUGGACAAUGACAAGAGUUUUUAUGAUUCACCCUUAUCCAAAUAAAACCAAAAUACAAAUACAACAAUAUGCAUUUGAAGCUUUCAUUUAAGAGGUUUCAGUUAUUUACAUUUAUUUCCAAUAGAUGACCUCCACGGAGCUCAAAAGUAUUUGGACAAGCUGACAUGAUUGUAACUAUCCACACAUUGUUUAAUACUUCAGAUUGACUGACUGAAGUCUGGAGUGCUUAGACUUACCAAAUUCUGAUGUUCGUCCCAGGCCUUCACCACAGCCACAUUCACUUGUGCUUCACCUUUGUCUUCAGUAAGUAAAAAGUAACCUCGAUUGAGUUGAGAUCAGGCAACUGACUUGGCCAUUGAAUAAAUGAAAGAUCAUUUACAGUUGCUACAUUGUCCUUCUUUUAGGGUUAGGGGGUUACAUUUUUCACACAUAAUACAUGAGUAAUUGCACUUCUUUGUAUAAAAAUACUAUUAUGUAUGUGGAGUUAUAAACCGAAAAGAGCUUCAUAGUUGACCAGUGGAUCAUUGUAAUUCAAUUCAUCUGCUUUUUCUACAAGAACAACUUGAUAUCAGCCUUGAGUUUGUGUAACAUUUUCAAACAUGGAUGUAUUGAUUCAUUUCUCACCUGUCUUCCAGGUCUUAGUCGAUCAAAAGUAUGAUUGAACGCAGCUAAAAAAAACGGUAUUGUUUUGUUUUGUUUUUGUGGCAAUUAUUCACUCAUUUGGAAUUUUAUGCCUGCAACACACCAAAAAAAAGAUGGGACAGGGGCAUGUUUACCAUUGUGUUACAUCACCUAUACUUUGAACACAUUCAAUAAGCAUUUGGGCACUGAGGCCACAAAUUGUUGAAGCUUUGUGGGUGGAACUCUUCCCAUUCUUGCUGAAUGUACAACUUGAGUUGCUCAACAAUCCGGGGUCUCCGUUGUCGGAUUUCGCACUUCCCUGUAUUUUGUUGCCACGGUCCCAUCUUUUUUGGGGGAAUGUGUUGCAGGCAUCAAAUUCAAAACUAGAGAAUAUUUGCAAAAAAUAAUAACGUUCAUCAGUUUGAACAUUACAUAUUUUGUCUUUGUAGUUUAUUCAGUUGAAUAUAUGUUAAAAAGGAUUUGCAAAUCAUUAUUUAUCUAAUUAGUUGUACAACCCUCAAUUCCAAUGAAGUUGGGUUUUGUACAACCCUAUGAUGAGAUAAAUAAUGUAAGAGCACCAAUGGUAAAAAUAUAAACAUUGCGUUCUAUUUCAAGACAUGUUAUAUGAUAUUACAAGAAAUAUCUUUCAGGACAUGUCAUGCUUAUUGUGUUUAUGUAAGAAGUUCACAACCAUUUGUUGAAUGUUUGCCUAUUUGCCUACAGUUGAAACACAUGCAAAACAAAAAAAAAAAGAAAGAAUAAUAAAGAUAAAAAGCUUUCAGUA